GCAAGCACGUCUCGAUCUCGAUCGAAUUCUUGGAAAAUAAUUGAAAAUUGAUUGAAGUCGCACUAUUUAUAUGCUCAAAAUUCAAAGGGAUGCGCAAUCUCGUCGAUCCUUCAGGCAAGAGAACGAUGGCUUUAGUCGUCUUCCUCCUUCUCCUCCUCGGCACGGCUGCCGUCUCCUCGGCCCUGAGCAUCCCCGGCAUAUCUAUACCUUUCCUCCCCUCCGACGGCUGGAGCAACGCUCACGCCACCUUCUACGGCGACGAGACGGCGUCGGAGACGAUGGGCGGAGCUUGCGGGUACGGUAACCUGUUCGCCACCGGGUACGGGACGGCCACGGCGGCGCUGAGCACGGUGCUGUACUUGGCGGGGUUCUCCUGCGGGAGGUGCUUCCAGAUCCGGUGCUCUGGGUCGGCGUACUGCAACACCGGCUCCCCGAGCAUCACCGUCACCGCCACCAACCUCUGCCCGCCCAACCUGGCCCUGCCCACCAACAACGGCGGCUGGUGCAACCCUCCCAGAGCCCACUUCGACAUGUCGAAGCCGGCCUUCAUGAAGAUCGCCUACUGGCGGGCCGGCAUCGUCCCCGUCAUGUACCGGAGGGUGGCGUGCUCGAGGAGAGGAGGGGUGCGGUUCUUGCUGCAGGGGAACGGCUACUGGCUGCUGGCUUUCGUGAUGAACGUCGGAGCGUCCGGCGACGUCGGGAGCCUCUGGGUGAAGGGCAGCAAGACGGACUGGAUCAAGAUGAGCCACAGCUGGGGGGCUUCCUUCCAGGCCUUCUCCCGGCUCUCCGGCCAGUCGCUGUCGUUCAAGGUCGUCUCCUACACCACCGGGCAGACCAUCUUGGCCAACAACGUGGCUCCGACCAACUGGUGGGCCGGCAUGACGUACCAGGCGCAAGUCAACUUCACGUGAUCGCCGGCGACGACGAUCGGAAAACUUCAAUAGCGCCG